AUGAGCCAAUACCAUGAGACAAUCGACCUCUACGGCGACGUCGUCGUUGCCCUGACACCUGCGACGCAUCCACUUGCACCCUGGGAUCAAGACUUGGAAGAGAUCCAACGUGUACUUGCAGAAGAUCAGUCACGAGAGUAUCAACCACCAGACGAGCAGAGCCCAUCUCCUGCCAGCGAUGCGCUACAACCUGAAUCCGGGCCUGUGGGAAACGACCCCGCCCAGGGUGUGCAUUCUGACAAUCCACCCCCCCGACAGCUGCGAUACCUAGUCUCCUCAAAACACCUCGCGGUGGCGUCGGUCGUGUUCCAUAAGUCAUUCAGCGGUCCCUGGAGGGAGGGAAACCACGUCCACCCCGACGGACUCCGCCACGUGCGCCUCGUCGACUUUGACCCCAAGGCGCUGUCCAUCGUGUUGAACGUUUUCCACCUCAAACACCACCGAGUCCCCAAGCACAUCGACGCCGACACCAUGUGCAAGAUAGCCCUCCUGGUGGACUACCUAGACUGCCACGAAGCAGUAGCGUCGGCCGCUGCGAGCUGGAUGCCGCGGCAGAAGACGGUCUACAGGGACCGCAGAGAGGUGGUGAUCUGGGUCUUCAUAUCUUCCGUCUUUGGCCAUAAAGCAAUCUUCAGAGAGUCGACUCGGGCGGCGGUCGUUGACGGUACUGGACCCUUUCGGACUCUGGGACUCCCCAUACAGCAGACCAUUGUGGAACGGAUAGAUGCGGCACGAAUCCAGCUGCUCAACACGUGUCUGGCUUCUCUCGACAGGCUGAUUGCCGCCCUGAGAGAUGAUUUUCAGAGGUGUUCGUUUCUGUGCGACUCCAUCAUGCUAGGCGCGCUGAUAAAAAACAUGAAUGCUCACCGGCUCCUUCGCCCACGAUCCGAGGCCAUCCUCGCGGAUCUCAGCGUCUCCAAACUGAAACGUAUUGUAGAGACCUUCAAGACGCCGUUCUAG